AUGCGUCUCUCGCCAUCAUGGUACCAGUUCCUGGUCGGCAUCUUUGCCUCCCUUGGUUCAUUCCUUUAUGGAUAUGAUCUGGGUGUCAUCGCCGCGGUGCUGGUCUCUCAAUCUUUCAAAGCCAAGUUUGAAGCAAAUGAUACCGAAACAGGAGUAAUUGUGUCUCUAUUCACCGCUGGCGCAUGCGUCGGUGCCGGCUUUGCGGGUCCCAGUGGUGAUUAUCUGGGUAGACGAGGGACCAUAUCGUUGGGAUGUCUCAUCUUCACUCUCGGAGGUUGCCUUCAAACCGCUGCGAAAACGAUUGAAUACCUCUACAGUGGACGAUUCAUCGCCGGGUUAGGGGUCGGUUUCCUUACCAUGAUGAUCCCCCUGUACCAAGCCGAGAUCUGUCACCCCAAGAUCCGUGGUCGAGUUACGGCCUUGCAGCAAUUCAUGCUGGGUAUUGGAGCGCUUGUUGCUGGAUGGGUUGGCUACGGGACCUACACCAACUUGGCACCGACUAACGAUGCACAAUGGCAACUGCCUCUCGGUUUGCAGAUUGCCCCUGCUUCGCCUCGCUGGCUCAUCGAUCACAACCGCGCCGAAGACGGAUUGCGCACAUUGGCCAAGCUGCAUGCGCAUGGCGACGAAAACGAUGCUUGGGUACAGGCAGAAUUCACUCAGAUUCAAGAGACCAUCACAUACGAGCAUGAGCACGAGGCGAAGUCAUAUUCCGAGCUGUUCACCAAUCGCUCCUCCUUCCGUCGCCUGUUCCUUUGCUGUGCAUUGCAAGCCUCGGGCCAGAUGACCGGUGUAUCCGCCAUUCAAUACUACUCACCUCAGAUUUAUAGUCAAAUCGGUAUCUCCAACGGAGAUACGUUGAAGUACCAGGCAAUCAACUCCAUCAUUGCAUUGGUUGCGCAAGUACUGUGCAUGAUAUAUAUUGAUCGCUUCGGUCGUCGAUGGACUCUGAUCGGUGGUAACCUUGGCAACAUGGUAACUUUCAUCGUUGCAACCAUCCUGCUUGCCAAGUUCCCUCCAUCAACCAACAACAACGGUGCUCACUGGGGUUUCAUUAUUAUGACUUGGCUGUACAACUUCUCUUUCUCCUCAACCUGUGGUCCUCUAUCCUGGAUUAUUCCAGCCGAAGUGUUCGAUACUCGCACACGUGCCAAGGGUGUCUCGAUUGCCACUAUGAUGUCGUUCGCUUUCAACACCAUGAUCGGCCAGGUCACGCCCAUUGCGAUGACGAAUAUUGGAUACCGCUUCUACUAUUUGUUCGUCAUCUGCAACUUCACCAAUGCGAUCUUCUUUUGGCUCUUGCUUCCAGAGACAAAGCGCGUGCCCCUCGAGGAAAUGAACCAAAUGUUCACAAAUGCUCCGUGGAUUGUGCCUGGAACUCGCAAGGAAGACUACAUGUCUCAUGACCUGGAGCGGAAGGUCGAGGAGCAGGAAGUGAAGCAAAGCGCCCUGCAUGUUGAGUAG